CUCCUCGUAAAACACAUUCAUGUUUUCUUCAUCAAAUUGAGUUUGAAGGGCGCAAUUAGGGUUUUCAGAAACAAGAAGAAGAAAGAAGAGAAUGCAGGAGUUGGUGCCUGAGUUUCCAGACUCCUGCACUUGCUGUGCAACUCCCCUGUCUCCUUACAAAAGGCUCCCUCAACAGCUCCUCCGCCUCUCUGUUCUCAAACUCGAUGGCUCUCGAUUUGAGGUGGAAAUAUCGACGACGGCGACCGUGGCUGAAUUGAAAGAAGCGGUGGAGGAGGUCUUCAACCGGGUACCGGUUGAUCGGCAUAUCAAGAUUUCAUGGUCACAUGUAUGGGGUCAUUUUUAUUUGUGCUACAGAGGUCAGAAGCUAGCCAAUAACAAGGCACAUAUACGGCUAUAUGGCAUCAAGGAUGAAGAUCAGCUUCAUUUUAUCCAGAAUCAAUCAUCAACAAACUAGCCGGAAAAACGAAGGGAUGUCAUGCUUCUUACUGACAGCCUUGUGACAUAAAAACACAGAGGUGAUGGAUGAAGCCUUUUAUGUGAUGAUGAUGGAGGAGAGUCACUGGAAACUGCACUGAAAGAGAAGAAUAAACUAAAGAUGGCUUAACCUCUCAGAUUCACAAUUUCAUGCUAGUUUGUAAAGGAAAUUCUGACCCUUCAGAUAUUUUAGGGUAUGUCAUGUAGGUCAAGGAUGAGUACUUUAGCUGUGUAAAGUUUCAUGAACUGAAACCCUUUUUAUGAAUUCAAUUUUCUACUUUUAAUCAGAGUGGCAGAAUACAAAAAAUCUGCUUGUCUUCAACUUAUAAAUAAAGCAAAAGAAUUCAGUAGUAGCUUAGACCUGUGAAGGAAGAAAAUUCGUAUCACUCGGAUAUAGAAUCUACAGGUUCACAGCAGCAACAGAACUUUCAUGGGUGAUGGCAAGCAUAUUCUCUCUAGAAGUUACUGGUAUUGGGAGAACUACGC